CAGCAAGGCAUUUAAAUAUUUCUGCAGGAGGUUGUCUUUUUUUUUUUUUUAAACAAAAAACCUUGAGUCAAUAGUGUGGUGAUCUGGUGAGAACCUAAUACACAAGAUGCCUACCGAAGCUUUGGGUGAUAAGCGCAUGUGCAAAUUCAAAAACCGAGGCAAGGAUUCCAUGAAAAUGCGUGAGCGCAGGGUUGCAGAAUGUGUGGAGCUUCGAAAAGCACAAAGAGUGGAAAGCAUCCUGAAAAGGAGAAACAUUUCAUCUCAGCCUGAGGAAGAACCAUUGUCUCCAGAAUACACCACUGAUAACCAACAGGUCAUUUCAGCAACAAUUGAGGAAAUUGUUGCCAAUGUUAACAGUGACUCUCAAGAGCAACAGUUGCAGGGCUGUCAAACAGCCAGGAAACUUUUGUCUCGGGAGAGAAAUCCUCCAUUAAAGGAAAUAGUGGAUGCAGGCUUGCUGGCCCGAUUUGUAGAAUUUCUGGGUAGGAACGAUAACCCCACCCUGCAGUUUGAGGCUGCCUGGUCACUUACUAAUGUGGCAUCGGGCACCUCAUGGCACACUCAGCAGGUGGUGGAACAUGGUGCAGUGCCUGCCUUCAUUGCCCUUUUAGCCUCACCCAUGUUAAACAUAAGUGAACAGGCUGUCUGGGCCCUGGGCAAUAUUGCAGGUGAUGGCCCAGCAUAUCGUGAUGCACUUAUUGACUGCAAUGUGAUCCCUGCCCUACUAGCUCGGCUAACCCCAGAUGUCCCUGUUGGCUACCUUCGCAACCUGACAUGGACCUUGUCCAACUUGUGCAGAAACAAGAACCCUUUUCCCCGUUUCUCUGCAGUCCAGCAAAUGCUUCCCUCCAUUAUACAGCUGCUUCACCACAGCGAUAAAUCUGUUCUGUCUGAUGCAUGCUGGGCCAUCUCCUAUCUUACAGAUGGGCCAAAUGAGCGUAUUGAUAUUGUAAUAAAGACUGGGGUUCUUCCACGACUGGUUGAGCUUCUGGGCUUUGAGGAGCUUGCAGUGGUGACUCCAGCACUCCGCUCUAUUGGGAACAUUGUAAGUGGUUCAGACUUGCAGACACAGAUGGCCAUUGACGCUGGUGUGUUGAGUGCCUUGCCAAAGCUAAUGCGUCACCCCAAACCCAGUGUCCAAAAGGAAGCAGCCUGGGCUGUAUCCAACAUUGCAGCUGGACCACGGCAACAGAUUCAGCAACUAAUAACAUGUGGUCUAUUGCCUCAUCUUGUAGAUCUUCUAAAGAAUGCUGACUUUAAAACUCAGCGAGAAGCUGUCUGGGCAGUCACAAAUUUCACCAGUGGAGGAACCGUGGACCAGGUUGUUCAGCUUGUCAAGUGUGGUGGUCUGGAAGCGAUUCUAAAUUUAUUAAAGGUUAAAGAUUCCAAGACAAUCCUAGUCAUCCUGGAUGCAAUCAAUAACAUUUUCUUGGCUGCUGAGAAACUUGGAGAGGUUGAAAAGCUUUGUUUGCUGGUGGAGGAGUUGGGUGGGCUGGAUCAUAUAGAACUCCUUCAGAAUCACGAAAACAAUGCUGUGUAUCGUGCUGCCCAAGCACUUAUUGAGAAGUACUUCAGUGAGGAUGGUGAAGAUGAAUGCCUGAAAACUGAGGCCACUGAAACGGACUUUGUUUUCGGGCCAGCUGAGGUGCAGAGAAGAUUUGACUUCUGAAUUUUCUUUUUUAAAAUGCCUUUGUAUAAAUAAAUAUUUUUUGCAGUA